AUGGAAAGGAAUGACAUCAUCGACUUCAAGGCUUUGGAGAAAGAGCUGCAGGCUGCACUCACUGCUGAUGAGAAGUACAAACGGGAGAAUGCUGCCAAGUUACGGGCAGUGGAACAGAGAGUGGCUUCCUAUGAGGAGUUCAGGGGUAUUGUCCUUGCAUCACAUCUGAAGCCACUGGAGCGGAAGGACAAGAUGGGAGGAAAGAGAACUGUGCCCUGGAACUGUCACACUAUUCAGGGAAGGACCUUCCAGGAUGUGGCCACUGAAAUCUCCCCGGAGAAAACCCCCGUCCAGCCAGAGACCUCUGCUGACUUCUACCGUGAUUGGCGACGACACUUGCUAAGUGGGCCAGAGCGCUACCAGACUCUACUGCAGCUUGGGGGUCCAAAGCUGGGCCGCCUCUUCCAGACAGAUGUGGGGUUUGGACUUCUCGGGGAGCUGCUGGUGGCACUGGCUGAUCACGUGGGGCCGGCUGACCGGGCAGCGGUGCUGGGGAUCCUACGCAGCCUGGCGAGCACUGGGCGCUUCACACUGAACCUGAGCCUGCUGAGCCAGGCAGAGAGAGAGAGCUGCAAGGGCUUGUUUCAGAAGCUGAAAGCCAUGGGCGUCCCCAGAUCCAUGAAGGAGGGGCUCAGCUGGGAGGAGCAGGGUCUGGAGGAGCAGUCUGGUGGGCUCCAGGAGGAGGAGAGGCUCCUGCAGGAGCUGCUGGAGCUGUACCAGGUUGACUGAUGCGACAAGCUACUCUCAGAGGUCCCGGUGGUCACUGGAGCCAGUUUUUUGGUUGUUGUCUUGGGGGUUCUGCAGGACCGUAAUAAGAAACCCACACUUAGUUCUCUACUCAACUUGGAAUUUUCAGAGCAA